UAACAGUAGUAGUGUAGUACCCAUUACAAUAUCGCUAAAUAAAACUAUUUUACGUAAAAUUAAAUAAACUAGCGGAACCACAAAAAAUAAAAUUCAAAAAAAAUGUUACCCGCACGAUGUAAAAUGGUAUCACUUGCUAAACGAGACCGCCUUUCAAAAAAAUGUCAAUCAAAACAAUAUGAAUUAUCGAAAAUAAUUAAUCGAAAACUGAAUCGACCGCUUCAAAUCGAUGGAAGGUAAAUGUACGAAAACGGGACCGAAAUGUGAAGCGCGCGGCGUUUGUGACGAACGCGAAUUUCUACUGAAAAAGGUUCCAAACGUAACCGGCAGCGCGAUGGAAUCGAAGCAAUACUUAACCUCGGAGGCCGCCUGGCAAAAAAUACAAGAUUAUUAUAACAAUAAAGGUCGAAACUUAAUCAUUAAAGACUUAUUUGCGAAUGAUCCAAACCGAUUCCAGAAAUUCAGCCUGAAACUUAACACCCCAAACGAUGGCGAUAUUUUAUUCGACUAUUCCAAAAAUCGCAUCGAUCAAGAAGCUUUCAAGCUGCUAUUUCAACUUGCAAGAGACCGUAAUCUGGAACAGGCCCGUGAUGCAAUGUUCGCCGGCCAAAAGAUCAAUUUUACCGAAGACCGAGCCGUCCUACACGUCGCUUUAAGGAACAGGUCCAACAAACCCAUAUUGGUGGAUGGUAAAGAUGUCACGCCAGAUGUGAACGCCGUUCUUGAACACAUGAAGCAGUUCACUAAUUCGAUUCUUAGUGGCCAGUGGCGUGGAUAUUCUGGCCAACAAAUUACCGAUGUAGUCAACAUUGGUAUUGGAGGAUCUGAUCUAGGGCCACUAAUGGUAACUGAAGCUUUGAAGCCAUACAAUAAGGGCCUACGGCUGCACUUUGUGUCUAACAUCGAUGGGACCCAUUUGGCGGAAACUUUAAAGCGGAUCGAUCCUGAGACAGUGCUGUUUAUCAUUGCUUCAAAAACAUUUACUACGCAGGAAACUAUUACCAACGCUACAUCAGCUAAAGAGUGGUUUUUGGGAUAUGCGAAAGACCCGGCUGCUGUAGCCAAACAUUUUGUCGCUCUAAGCACCAACGAGGCAAAAGUAAAAGAUUUCGGCAUCGACCCUGCCAAUAUGUUCGGCUUCUGGGACUGGGUCGGCGGCCGUUAUUCUCUCUGGUCCGCUAUUGGACUCAGCAUUGCUCUAUCAGUAGGUUUCGACAGUUUCCAACAAUUGCUUGAGGGUGCUCACUAUUUGGACAAGCACUUUUUGUCGGCCCCUUUGGAAGAAAACGCACCUGUUAUCCUGGCCCUCUUGGGCAUUUGGUACGGCAAUUUUGCUGGUGCCGAAACCCACGCCCUGCUGCCGUACGAUCAGUAUCUCCAUAGGUUCGCUGCCUAUUUCCAACAAGGCGACAUGGAAAGCAAUGGCAAGUAUGUAACAAGAAGUGGCAAAGUGGUGAACUACAACACGGGACCAAUCGUUUGGGGCGAACCGGGCACCAACGGACAACACGCAUUCUACCAACUUAUCCACCAGGGUACGCGCCUAAUCCCGUGCGACUUUAUAGCUCCGGCACAAACCCACAACCCCAUCAGCAAUGGGGAACACCAUAAAAUAUUAUUGGCGAACUUCCUGGCGCAGACUGAAGCUCUGGCGAUGGGAAAAACCCCAGAACAAGCCAGAGUCGAAUUGGAAAAGCAGGGUCUGAGUGGCGAAGCUCUGGAAAAAAUCCUACCACAUAAGGUAUUUCAAGGGAACAGGCCAACUAACAGUAUCGUUGUGAAGAAGGUGACGCCAUUUACUUUGGGUGUUUUAAUAGCUCUUUAUGAGCACAAGAUAUUCACCCAGGGUAUUAUAUGGGAUAUCAACUCAUUUGAUCAGUGGGGAGUUGAACUGGGAAAGCAGUUGGCUAAAGCGAUUGAACCAGAGCUCAAAGACAGCAACCCAGUAUCGUCGCACGACGCAUCCACCAACGGCUUAAUCAACUUCAUCAAGGCCAAUCGUUAACUCUUACCCGUUUUUAUGAGAAAAAAAGUUAAAAAUUAGAAUCACCAAUCCUACAUAAGUGUGGCGUAUUGUUUUCUGUUUUAUAUUUUGAAAAAAAGUUAAUAUAUUUGGGAUAGUACCUUAAUGAUUUCUUAUUC